AUGCAGUACGUUCGCAAUCUCAGCGCCUCAGUGUCGUCGACAUGGAACUCUAUCAACCCGGCCACCCUGAGUGGUGCCAUUGACGUUAUUGUUGUUGAGCAAGAAGAUGGUACUCUGGCAUGCUCGCCCUUCCACGUUCGUUUUGGAAAGUUUUCUCUUCUGCGACCCUACGAGAAGAAGGUCGAAUUCAAGGUCAACGGGGUCAAGCAGAACUAUUCUAUGAAACUUGGUGAGGAAGGAGAGGCCUUCUUCGUUUUCGAAACCAGCGACACUAUUCCCAGGGAUCUUCAGACGUCGCCCCUGGUAUCACCGGCAUCGAGCCCUCCCUUGAACCCCGAGAACCCUUCCGCGCCUGGCCUUGGGGAACCGGACCUGUUGGACCUCGACGACGACACUAGGAAACCUCGUCGUCCUCCACCUUCAGUCAUUCACAGCGCAACCCUUCCGCAGGAUCCUGGCGCCUUCACCCCGUUGUCGACGUCACCGGGCCUGUCUCACGGACGACCGAGAUCGGACGAUUGGCGACCUCACAGCGACGAUAUCCUGCGCAAGUCUCGCGCAAGCGAACGCGAGUAUGGCGAGGGUCCUGCCGAAUGGGCCAUGUCCGACAGAUCACACAGCCCUCCUCCUUUGCCAGCGAAAGAUGCGCGCGAGCGAGCCUUGAUGCUCUCCAAGGAGCUGUCCGCCAACAACAUUCCCACUCAUGUCACGGAAAGUGGCGACCUCAUGCUCGAUAUGACUGGCUUCAAAAGUAAUGAAGAGGAUAUCUUCCGCGCCGAGAUCCUCGCACGCAAGAUCUUGUCUGAGGAGCUCGAGGGCAACUAUGACAUCGGAUCCCUUUUCGGCAUGGACGAGCACGGCAACAUCUGGAUCUACAGUAGUGAAGAGGCGAAGGAAGCGGCCAAGAAGAAGACCAUGCAGGCUGGUUAUGGCUCCUCGUCCGCUGUUGCAGCUGAUGCUGCGUCGGAUCCCGGAUAUCACAGCGAUGGUAGCGACGUGACGACCACUGCACCCACCCCCAGCCAUAGAAGGACCGAGUCUGACGUGGGCGCUUCUGGUUUGCAUACGCCGCCUACCACUCCGCCCCAGUCAACAGCGGGAGACCCUAACUUGAACUACGCCAAGACGCUGCGAUUGACCAGCGACCAGCUCAAGGCACUGUGCUUGAAGCCCGGCGAGAACACUAUGAGCUUCACGGUCAACAGGGCGACUUGCCAGGCCAACAUGUAUCUCUGGAAGCACGAGACACCAGUCGUCAUUUCGGACAUUGACGGCACCAUCACCAAGUCGGAUGCGCUGGGCCACGUGCUGAACAUGAUCGGUCGCGACUGGACGCACGCUGGCGUCGCCAAACUCUACAGCGACAUCGUCGCGAACGGCUACAACAUCAUGUACCUCACUAGUAGAUCAGUUGGUCAGUCUGACACCACGAGGGCGUACUUGGCUGGCAUUCAGCAGGGAGAGUACCGAGUGCCACGGGGGCCGACAAUUUUGUCGCCGGAUAGGACCAUGGCAGCUCUCCGGCGUGAGGUGUACCUCCGAAAGCCUCAUGUCUUCAAGAUGGCUACCCUUCGUGACAUUCGUCACUUGUACGGUCCGGAUCGAACGCCGUUCUACGCUGGGUUCGGGAACAGACUAACGGACCAAAUAUCGUACCGGACGGUAGACGUUCCCCGAAACCGCAUCUUUACCAUCAACUCCAACGCCGAGGUGUCUCUUGAUCUGCUCACCUUGAACAAGCUCAAGCUGAGUUACAUCAACAUCAACGAAGUUGUGGACCACUUCUUCCCGCCCGUCAGCACUUUGGUCAAGGGUGGCGGAGAGGAAUACACCGACUUCACUUACUGGAGGGACACUCCGUUGGAAUUGGAUGAAUUUUCCGCAAGCGACUCUGAUGAUGAUGAACAGGCCGACCUUGAAGAAGAUCUCGAUGACGACGAAGAGGAAAUCGGUGACGAAAUGGGACAGAGUUACAUUUCGCGGGGCUCCAUCGAUGAAUACGGCGACGAGCGAGAGAGCAUUCUCAGCGGAAGCGUUAACGGCGACGAGCAAUUAGCCGCCUCCAUCAUGGAGGACGAGUACGCCGACGACGAAGACGCCGGAGAGGAAGAUGAAGAAGACGAUGACGAUGCGGACCUCGAUAGCGUGCGAGCUCAGCGAGAGAAAACUCCUCAGCCCAACGACAAGGAAAAUCAGUCUUCCGCACCUGCCCAAAAGGUGCUCAUGGAAGACGUCGGCGCUGAGUUGAUCACUGGGGCCGCGGUGUAUAACCCUAAUGUCUCUACAGGUGCGAACUAA